AUGGUAAUGUCGACUUCUAAUCACCAUAACCGGCUUCCUCUUCGAGAACGGAGGAAGAUGUGGGUUGGUUGUUUCAAAGCAAUGUCAUGUUUCAGUUCGAACAAAGGAGAGAGCCGUAUAGUGCCAGCUUCAAGAUUACCUGAAGGCAACGUAUCAACUGGUCAUCAUCAUCAAUCAAAUCAAUCUCAAGCAACAGGACUAAGCAACAGAGCUACAAUGUCAAUGCUUGCUCCACCUUCGUCUCCAGCUUCUUUCUCACAAUCUCCAGCUCCUUCCAUAACUCAAUCCCCGAACAACCAUCUCCGGUUAUCCGCUAACUCUCCCGGAGGUCCUUCCUCCGCAAUGUUCGCAACCGGUCCUUACGCUCACGAGACUCAGCUUGUGUCACCACCGGUUUUCUCAACUUACACCACAGAGCCGUCCACUGCUCCGCUCACUCCUCCUCCUGAGUUAGCUCAUCUCACCACUCCUUCUUCACCGGAUGUGCCUUACGCUCGGUUCUUGACAUCUUCCGCUGAUAUCAAGAACGUUUCUGCAAACGAUCUUCACGCAACGUACGCGUUGUAUCCCGGAAGUCCUGCGAGCAGUCUGAGAUCACCACUCUCGAGGAUCUCAGGGGAUGGAAGAUCUUCGUCGUUCCCCGAGCGUGAGUUCUCACCGAACUGGGAUCCGUUGGCGUGUUCGAGGAGUGACUCUAGCUAUGCGCAGACACCUGAGACGAACACUACUCCAAAAGCCUCUGAAGGUUCGAAUUUCUUCUGUCCUGCCACGUUUGCUCGGUACUAUAUUGACCACGACGCUCCGUUCUCUCAUACUGGAGGGAGACUCAGUGUUUCCAAGGACUCGGAUGUUUAUCCGAAUAGUGGAAGUGGUCAGCGUAUUUCCAAGCAAGAUAUGGAAGAGCUUGAAGCGUACAGAGCUUCGUUUGGUUUCAGUGCUGAUGAAGUCGUUACUACGAGCCAGUACGUGGAGAUCACACAUGUUAACGAUGACUCGUUGAGACCUCGUAGUGCCUUGGAUGCAUCAGAAGGUGAAGAGCUAAAAUCGUAUCACUCAGAGGCAGCUGCUAGCUUGGACUUACAAGAGCCGCUCGAGUUGUACAAUGAUCACAUGCGGAGAUCAAGCACGCCAGGCCAAGCAAAGACGAGCAGAAGGUACAAGACCGGUGUGUGUAGUUCGGAUGCGGAAGUCGAUUACAGAAGAAGUGGACGAAGCUUCAGAGAAGGCAGAGGAGAUUUUGCGUGGCAUGACUAG